AUUUGAACUCAUAUUAUUAAGUUUUCGCAAUUUAAGGGCCUUUUGGGAUCAACUUUUUUUUUUAAUGGGAGUCGACAUUUUGAAUAAUACACUUGAAAAAAUGUCAGACCUUGUCAUGGCUCCACGAAAAUAUAAUCAACUUUUGAGCGACGACACCAGACACUGGUUCGAACUGAUCAACCUGGUCGUCUUAAGCAGUGCCCUGGCGCUUUUCGGGAUAGCGACCAACAUCAUUAAUGUCCUCGUCUUCUACAGACAGGGUCUCAACACGACGGUCAAUAUCAGCUUCACCGGUCUGGCCGUGUCGGACCUGUGCAGCCUCGUAACCCUGCUGUGGUUCAACAUCUGCGAGAACCCUUACUUCGCCAAGUCCGACGUCCCGAUGGCGGCAUCCGAGUUCCAGCAUUUGACCGGAGGGUUCCCCCACGCCUGCUUCACUCGCAUCACGUCCUGGAUCACCACGUACAUCGCGGCGGAGAGAUGCCUGUGCAUGGCUUUCCCACUCAGGAUCAAGGAGAUCAUCUCGCCGAGGAAAGCCACUGCGGUUAUAGUCACGAUCUACCUGUGGAUGAUGAUCUCCCUUCUUCCAGAGUACAUCACCGUGUACAUAGACUGGAAGUGGUAUCCCGAAGUCAACAAAACACUUCUCGGAUUAAAAUUCACGACCGACAGACACAGGGUCGACGGUCUCAGUUUCUUGCUGUACGCCGUCUACAUGAUCAUAUCGUUCUUCUCGGUGGUAGUUCUCACGGCCAUCCUGUUCAGCAAACUCAAGCGCAAAAUUGAGUGGCGCCACGGGAAAGCGUCCAGUGUCAAACCAUCCGAGUCGCUGACCAGACGCGACAAGAAGACCAUGCGCAUGGUCGUGGUCAUAGCAGGGGUUCUCAUCGUCACCUUCAUGCCCCAGGUCAUCAUCUUCACCGUCGGCUUCAUCGAGCCAGAGUUCAGCGUUGUCGGGAAGUACGUCAACUUCUUCUUCAUGUCGUGGUCAUUUUGCUUCGUGUUCGACGCCGCCAAUUCGAGUGUCAGCAUCAUUCUGUACUACACCAUGAGCUCAAAAUACAGACUGACUUUUCAUGAGAUUUUCUCAGAACGCAGUGGAUCUCGGUGUAUUAAAAACAAAUGAACUACAUGGGAGGUUUCACGUAUAUUUGGCGUGGGGGCAGGGUAAUAAAAACACAAACAAAUAGUUGACAAUUAAAAAAAAUUUAUCGGUUUUAUUUCGCAAACUGCCAAGUAUAGAAAGAAGAC